GCAGGGGCUCCGGCUGAGGCUCAGGAUCAUGACACAUCUACUGCAAUGGCUCAUAGUCAUCAUCUGUUUACAAAUAGAAGAAGCCGCCUCCACAGACAACAAAGUCCCAUUGCUGGUGAUAGGAACUGUGGGGAAGUCAGUCAUUCUCCCCUCGAAGAUCCCACCAGACAAGAUUCUAACUAUUGCCUGGCUUUCUCGCAACUCUCUUGCCACUGUCGAUUUAAACGGACAACCCCCCCAUAUAACAAUUACUGAUUAUAACUACCAUAAUCGACUGAAAAUCCUCAACGAGUCAAACUACUCUUUGCAAAUCAAAAACUUGACAACAGAAGAUGAAAAUUGCUACAAAGCGCAAAUAACCAUAAAGAGUACAGGCUUGCCUGAAACCUUAAUCCAAGAGUACCUCCUACACAUUUAUGAGGAACUGAGCACACCCCAAGUCACAGCAAACUUUACAGAGUCUGAGAAUGGUACCUGUAAUGUCAUUCUGCUGUGCUCCAUGGAAAAGGAAGGGAAAAAUGUGACUUACAACUGGAUAUCCCUGGAAGGUAGAGAGGAAGUCAUCGCCUAUGAGGGACCCAACCUCACAGUUUCCUGGAGACCUGGGGAAAGUGAGCCGAACUAUAUCUGCAGAGUCACAAAUCCUGUCAGCAGUCAGAGGUCCCAGCCAAUACCUUCUGCAGGGCUCUGUACAGGAGCAUCAUCUAGGAAUUAUGUUAAGCUGAUCAUAGGAAUUGUAGUUGCGGUUGUGCUGUGUGUAGCCAUUGUGAUUGGGAGUGUUUUUUGGAAGAAAAAAAGACAAGGUUUCAUCCAAUGCUCUCCAAACCAUGUUCAGCAACAGGAGGCUACCACUGAUGGGACCACAGUGUAUGCACAAGUCAGUCAUCCAUACGGGAAAAAGACCAGAAGUCCUAACAUUCCAGACAAAAAGGAUUCCAUCACAAUCUACUCUACCAUCCAAUCACCUAAAGAGAAAGCAGCCACACUUCCUGAAACAUCUGCUUACAACAAACACACUUAAGGAACCAGAGAAGAGUGUUGCUUCAUUUCUCCAGACAUCAGUGUCUUCGUCUAUAAAACAAGGGGGUAGAUUGGAUGAUCUGAGGUUCCUUCCAGUGCCUAAUCCUAUUAUCCUAUGAUAUCUGCUUCCCUCUGCCUUUCCACUCCAGCAACGAAAGGAUGGCAGACUUUCCCAUGGGAAAGGUCAUCCUCCAUUUGACAGGAAGGUCAGCAACUCUUCUUGCCAAGUAAACGCAAAUUCUGGACAUCGGAUAUUAUCCUCACCCACUCUUCAGAAAUAAACCAUGAUAUCUAGGUUCUGCUGCCAAAGAAUUGUCUUCACACCCAGAAACUAAGUCAAGUAGCAUCUCCUCAAUGCCAGGCCAAGAUAUAUUUCAGAAACAUGACUUGUAGAAUAACUUUUCUUUGUGAAAUUAACUUAUGGGGAGCAAGAGAUACAGGAUUCAGAAGAACUGGAAGCUGUUCCCCCAUUGAGAAGUCCAUGGAAGCAGGGGGCCCAGAAAUCAUCAUUCUUCCAUGGAGACUUCAGGCUACUGGGGAUUUCAGCAUCCCAAUCCUCUUAUCCUCACCACGCACUCUCACUUAGAUGCCUUGCCAUCUCUCACUCCUACCCAUCCAGUAGGAGGACCAGUCUUCUCCUCCCUGAGCAGUGCCAGUUCUGGGUCAUCAAUGGACUGCCUUCCUUCUUCUCAUUCUUUGAAAUCCACUAUUCUUUUCCAGUUGCUUCUGUUGACUAAGGUUCCUAGAACCCAUUCCCACCUUGCUUAGUGACUACAGAACCUGACAUGCAUUCUGCUUCUUCUCUUCAUAUCAAGGCAUCCCCUUCAGAGACUUUGACAUCCUAUCAGUGAGUCUUUGCACACUCUGGCCUCACAUUCCCUUGGCCUUCAUAAUUGUAAAGGCCUCCUCCUCAUCACAUCAGUCAUGCAUUUCUCCUCACGUUUGUGUUGUUAGACUUCAUCAAGGUAACACUGGAAAGGUAAAUGGAUCAAGAAGUUGGAAAAGACUUGAAUUCAGCACCUACCUCUGAUACGUAAUACCUCUGCGAUCAUAGGCAAGUCUCUUCACACCUCUGUUUCCUUGUCUGUAAAAUGGGGGAUAAAAAUAAAUGUCUCCCCUACUUCACAGGGUGGUGGGAGGAUAAAAUGAGGUAGUUUAUGUAUAAUGUAAUAAUCAAUGGGAAGCCCUUGAUCUGCUAGACUGCGGCAUCUCCCACAGAGCUGGGUAUGUAUGCUCUCAACCCCAACUAAAGGAUAUGCAUGACCAGAGGUUCAUGGUUAGUUGUAUCCCUUUGACUAUGGGCUGUUCCUAGAGGAUUAUCUACUGAGCCAAGAAAAGCCACCCUUUCUGUGGGCUGUAAGGAAUGAGGAAAGACUGCUUUUAGUAAAGUUGUUGUGAGGCUCAAAUAUGAUCAUGUUUGCAAAAGC